UAUGGGGGGUGGGUGGGUGGAUGGUGGUGGAUACGGUGGUGCUGUGGUGCUGUCUGGCUGGUGCUGUGGUGCCGCCUGGAGCGAUCCCGUCCUCCCCUGCGCCAUCAAAGACCCGCUUCCCGCGCCUGCCUGCGCCGCCUCGGGGUUUCGGAUUGGGGGGUGGAGGGGAGGGGAGGGGAGUGAAUGCCUCCCAGCUGCCUCGUAGUCUGUGUAGCUUACACUCCGCACAGUAAUGGAGGAAUAAAAAUUCAAUGUAUAC